AUGGAUCUGCUCAAUGCAAUCGAAGCGCUCGAGCAGUUACCACAUCCUGGCUCCGAAGUCAAAGGAACGGACCAAAAACACGACUUUGUAAUGCGCCACGUGCUGUUUGUACAGGAGAAAUUGCGAGACGUGUGGCUGCGAAAAUAUGGCGAGCGUGUCAAAAGGAUCCCGUGCAUACCUUUUGAGUGGGUAUUUUCCAACGUCUUGCGACUGCUUGAAGAGUAUCCAGGCGGUGUCACACUAGCAGUGAUGCUGACGGAGCUGGCCAAAUCACUGGAGCAAAAAGUGGCUCGGGACGCAGACCAAGAGGCAGGUGCGCUGUGCAACACGAGAAAGUUCCGCGAUAUUAAAGACGUGGAAGACUUGUUGGCAGAAAACGAGCAGGAAGCUCUGCAGGCCAAAGUUGUGAGCUACGCGGACCACCGAAUGACAAUUGAACUAACGGAUGUUCAUGAUGUCGUGAUCCACAUGUACUUGCACCAGAGGUUCCGCUUCUGUAUCGACUGUUUGCAUGAAAAGCUGCAGAUGGAACCAAGUCGUGUAGCAACGUUUCCUGUCCAGACUGGUCGCGAGUUUGUGCUUACGAACGCAAAAUCCUUAGAGAGGAAAGACGCGCAGAGGAGAGCAGUGGGCGGGAAAAGUAGUCAGGCGAGCCUUGCGCUCUUACCGACUUCAUUCCUGACUUUCAAAUUGGAUGAAGCCAAUGCACUCGAUCGGAGAUUGCUGGCAGAUGCCAUUUCGCUGGCUCAGGUCGAUCAGUUGGUCAAUGGAGCUCAAGACACGACUGCGAUUCAGCUGUUGAUGGUCAAGGCAAAAGUGCUUGAUAUCGGUGCUAUUCGACCGUGCCAAACGCUUCUGUAUGUUCAGCGACAAGUGAUUUUGCUGGGAGAGGUUGACGACACGAGUACUCGGCUUCCUAGUGGUGCAUCGCCGAAUACGCAGCGAAUGACGCAACGCUUACAUAUGAUGGUGCUCUGGGACGAGCAAGUGGCGCUCAGUCGCCUGUUUCGUGUCAACGACAUCCUCACAAUUGUUCAUCCCUUCGUGCACGUGUGUGAGCAGCGCCACGCAGAAAUUGUGCACAUCCAGAACGAGUAUUCGUCGCACCAGCAAUUGAUGUACUUCUUCGAGUACGGCAGUGCAACAGUGCUGUUUUGCAAGCCAUGUCGAGUCUCCACAACAAAGUGUCCGCCCAAGGCAUCAUCAGAUCAAUUCUACGACCAGAGCAGAGUCGAGCGGCCUCUAUCAACGCUCGAAGAUGUGAAACCUGGGUGGUCCAACUUCUCGUUGUAUGCGCAUGUCCGAAGCAUUCGCGUAUCACGCGGCAUCCCGCUACUUGCAGCAUUCUUCCACGCGUACUACGACGACAAAACCGACCAUUUGAUGGCGUGUACUGCCAACGCGCGAUCCCCACUACCACUGGACCGCACGAUCAUGUCAAAGUACAACCUGGUCGUUCAACUGCAAGUUACUCUCGCAUCAUCCGACCACUUGCUAACGAUCGAGGUGACUGGUGACAACGCGUUGGCCGCACUACGUCUUCACCCUGGACACAGUAUAUUUAUCAACGGCCUGGUAUCGAUGGAUGUGCGGCCGCAUCAAGUUGAUCACAACAUGCCGUCAACUGGCGUCGUAGCGCUGUGCGCCGAUUGGAAAGCCAUCUUUGGCCACCAAUCUCGAUUCAGCAACGACUGCAAGCUCAAGGUUCUGAACAUGAUCCCGGGCCUCAUGAACGCUGCGCUCGACCAGUUUCCAAUUGCACCUCCUGUCGACACUGUCACUCAACACGCACUAUCGAUGAUCGAAAUGAACGUGGCAGGCGCUGGCUGGCUCCUUCCAAGUAGCAACAACGAUGGUGCCGUGCAACGUUGUGCAAUCGACUCAACGUGCGAGCGGGGACACUCGACCACGUGUGCACACAAGUAUUGUUUCCGCCCAGUCGAGAUCGUGGCUCGAGCGCAGCCUUCUCCUGCCGGUCCACCAAAGUGGCAGUGCCAGUUUUGCCACGAGGUGUUUGCACGGUAUCAAGACACUGUACAGACGUUCUGUGAAUUGGCAGUCGUGCUCGAGAACGGGCCGUCGACAGACUCGAUUGUCGUCCUCUGUCGAGGCCCCACGGUCGAGAGUUUGCUUGGUAUGUGUGCUGAAGACUAUACCCAACUGCCGCUUGCCCACAAGCGUAAGACCCUCGAAGCUGUACGGGGCGCAUCGAUUCGACUCGUGAUUUCGCAAUGCACACCUCGUCACGUGUCCCUACUAUCCUCAUCGUCAUCGCCACGUAUGUCUCGAUACCAUUUUCAACCGCAUUCGACCCCACGUGCACCAGCGGGUAUACACACGGCAACGACAAGUGAAUGGAUCAUUACGCACCGCGUGGAUAUGGUUGAGCUUGUGGAUACACUUGCAGCGACGCCCCACGGUCUCUCGCCGCUGCACGACAGAGUGUAG